AUGAGAUCUCUUGUGCCUAAUAUCGUUUGUCUCUUGAUCUGUUCCCACUGGACAUCUGCUCUCAACUUCACUACCGCGGGCGGCCAGAUAUUCACACCCGGUUUCGCGGUGCUUGACGCCCCACAGCCCGGGACGCCUUUAGGCGGAGACACCAUCGAGGUUGCGCUUGAUGUUUCCGCCAACGGCAAGCUGAACCUGCCGCCCUACGAUGCUGACAGCCCCAGCCUCAUCCACAACAUCACCAUCUUCCUCUAUAGUUACGACACGGGACGGAAUUUUACCAUCACGAAUGGGACAGCUUCGACAAAUAAUGCCAGCCUGGGCGACAUCAUGGCCUCGGAGCCUGGCAGCACUGUCAAGCAUGUGAAGUGGACUUGGCCAGACUGCUUGAUUGGCGUUGGGCAGCCGACAAGCCAAGACAGCGACCAUGGGGAGUACAACAUAUCGAUUCGCCAGAACUUCCGUCUCAACAACGAGGAGCACUAUACAAUCUUCGAUGUCCCCAUUUCAGUCACCAACAAGGUCGAGUUUGUCGGAAACAACCCGUCUUGUGACUCGGUCAACAAUCUCCUGCUCACACCAGAAGAGAUAGACGCCCAUGCCGCCAAUAGCGUGGGCAUCCUGUUCGCACCGGGCGAUGCGACAGUGGUGCAGCAGGCCGAAGCCUCAUCUGGCGAUGGCGACAGCUUGGGUCCUCUGAAGCCCGAGGGAGAUGCGGCCAACGGACUCGGAAGCGGCGCUGGCGCACUCGAGUUCUCAUGGAGAUCUGCCGUACUUUGGAUAUCAGCAGUUGCUGCAAUUUGCGUGUUUAGUCUUUGA